AGAAGGGAUUAUUAUCACUUGUCAUUUAUUCAGUAAAGUAACUGCAGUUUAUGAAUAUACUAUGCCUGUCGUAUGUAGCCUAUAGAAUAUACAUAUAUUUUUGAGAGAGAAUCCAUUCAAUGGAGAUGUCUGGCGCAGCCUAUGGACCAUUAUGUUAGAAUAUUGGACUUGGAUUGGAUUGAUGUGUACUAUGUACCAUGUUCCUUUUCAUUCUCUUAUUAUUUCAGUCUGAUUAAAAUUAUGUACCGGAUAUCUGACUAGGCAUCUUGCCACAAGGAAAUGUGACAUAUCAGCAUUUGUUUGUUUUUUUACAGAAAUGUUUAAAGGUAACGGCGGAAUGGUCACGAGCGACUGUCUAGAAACACCUCUCCAGCAACAUUAUUUUGUUAAACAUUUUUAAGAUAAUAUUAUUUUUGCUAUGCUCUAUUGCGCAGGCGUGCUGGCCGGGACGCUGUCACCACGCUUCGCUACAUUAUUGCGUGAUUUAGCCUGUAUGGGAGGAAAGUGAAGAAAACAGAACAUUAAAAUGCAUAGGCAAAGUGGUCUGACGGCAGCGGAAGGAUUUACUUGUGAUCCUUAAAAAUACAUUGUGCCAACGAAGGAUGUCAGGGACAUCACAUGUAGAAUCGGCCGAAGGAGUAGUCUCCAAAGUUAAAGUCAAAAAGCAGAUCAAGACUAUCGUGAAGGAUUUGGAGACCAUACUGGGAGACUUGAGGGAUGUAGCCAAGGAACUCAAAGAGGUUGUGCAUGAGAUCGACUCCCUCACGUGUGACCUACAGCUGGAGGAGGAAAUGACAGACAGUUCCAAGACAGACACCCUGAACAGCAGCUCUAGCAGCACCACCACCACCACCACAGCCUCCAGCAUUGACAAGAUCAAGAUCGCCAUCUUUAGGCCCCCGUCUGUCAGCCACGCCAUCCUGACCGUGAUGAAGAAGCCCCACCCUCCGCUGCCCCCUCCCAGGCUGACACCUAUCAAAGCAGAGGAGCACAACAAGAACCCACUAUCAGGGAGCCUACUAGCCAAGGCUAACGGGACUCUUAUGCGUAAUGGUGUUUUCCCAGGGAAGCCAAACAGAGACUUAUCAUACUGCAUCUCUAAUAGUACAAAGGAAGAGAGAGGACUUAUGCCUAUGCCUUUGCUACGGCAUGAAAAGACCAAAUGCCCUCAGGCAACCCGGGAGAGGGUCCGAUUCAGUGAAAAGGUCCAGUAUCACGGGUACUGCCCUGACUGUGACCUGCAAUAUGACGUUGACAACACAGAUAUGCACUUACAGCCAGAAUUUACUGAUGACAUGAGCCCUGUCCAUCAGUGUUCCUCCUCCUCACCACCAUCCCAGCUCAUGUUAGAAAAUGGCGGCCUCAGUGUCAGCCAUAGUUUCCCACCUACAAAACUGCCUUGUGUGUCUCAUUCUAACCCUUCCCUGAAACCACAGAAAACCAUCCUUCGAAAAUCAACCACCACAACGGUUUGAUGUUAAUCACCCUUAAUUUAAAUAUUUCUAAAUAAUUUAUAGUGUUUUCUAUUUCAUGAGCACUUUCUACUCCAGUCAAACGUGGAUUAUCUAAACGAUGAGGGAAAAAAAGCACUAGAAGACUUGGCCAUGAGCUCAGAAAUGCACAAGGAGAGAAUAAACGGUGAGGUGAGUGAGUGGCAUCUAACAACUGUGCUGCUAGUGUAAGGGUUUGGCAGGAUUGGUUUGAGAGAUGUGAAAUAACAUUGUAUCAUUUUUUUAAAGGGAUUUUUUAGAAACAAGAAGCUGUGUUAGAACAUGUCAUUCAUUUAUGCUCUGGGUUAAACAACAAAUCAAGCUUGCCUCAAAUCCGACCGCUGACCCAAAUAUUCUCCAGUACACCUCUGUGUACAGGGCUGAGACAGUAAUACAAUAAUGGCAUAUAGUAUCUCUUGUCACCCGAUAUUGCUUCACUGCCAUACUUCACUUUUUGAGAUGGGGAGGGUGUCACACUACUGAAUCUAGAGCAACAUCUACUGGUGGCUUAGGUUAUAGGAAGAUGUCAAAUAAAUAUAGUCACAUUGAGUUUAGCUUGUGAAGACAAACCAUGUCAAAUCUCCCAUGGUGGACUGAACAGACACUAUUCAAAAGUGUUUAACCUCAGAUGUUUUGAGGUUAAAUC